AGAAAUUUGGCUCAAGUGAUUUCGGCUUGCACAGAUCAAGUGUGUCAUGCCAUCAUUUUUGGCGGCUCGCGUGUCCGUGUUGCUUUCUCUUGCGGCCGCGGCUUUGGAAGAAGAUCGCAAAGCAUGGGACAGGCUUAUUGCGUGGAUCGAUGAAAGUGGCGGCGACGUUACCCAAAAGUUGUACGUAGACAGUGUGGAAGGUUUACGGGGAAUCUUCGCCUCUGCUGACAUUGAGAACGGCGAGAAGUUGUACCACAUCCCGGCUAAGAACAUCAUCCACGGGCUCCACGAUCUUUGCGACGUCGUGAAGAAGCUUCGGCACGAGAUGAAACUCGGACCCGAAAGCUUCUAUGCACCGCUGCUCGACAUGCAGGCAUGGGAUCCAUCGAUAUCCGUUCCGGCUUUCUGGGACGUGGCCGAUCUCGCUUUGCUAGACAGGACGCCCCCUUUCGAUUGGAGUCGCCAUAAAGAAGUGUACGACUCGCGGAAGGAAUCUUGCCCAGAGAUCGCGGACGAUAUUGGGCUUCGCGCGAUGGAGUAUUAUGUGGCAGUGUCGAAUACUUGUUUUGAACGGAUACCUCCGGGGGGAGAGGCGUCGAAAGGCGACGAAAGUUACGGUUGUAUAAGUCCAAUAUACGGCGCUUUCAACCACCACAACGGUUUGCAGAAUUUCAGGAUAGAAAUCUCAAAGGAGGGCGACAUGACCGGAUUCGCGUCGCGAUUCAUUCCCGCUGGCGGCGAGAUAUUCAAUUCUUUUGGGGAGGGCACACCAGAAACCUUCAGGGAUUAUGGCUUCGUCGAGCCGCAGCCUCAGAAGUGGUGGUUCCAGUCAGGUGGCAAGCGGUUUGAUUUCAUGCUGGAUAACGACAAAGUGCAUUUCCCCGCGGGCAACAUACCUUCGACAUUUUCGACCGCGGCCGCUGCCUGGCUGCGGGACCCGCCCAUGAUCAGCAUGGAUCGCACGCCGGAGCAAAAAAAGAUUCAGGCGUACCAUAGGGCGUUUAUCGACGCUGUCCGAAAGGCUGAAAAAGCAGCUCUGGAAGAAGCCAAUAAGGAAUUGUAGACCUUGCUGCGCUGGAGACAGACGGGAAACUGUUGUUGGAAAGUUCAAGAAGCUGUCUGGUGUGGAUGAAUUUCCGGCCACAGUCUGAGGCACCGCCGCGCUUUUUCACAAGUAGUAAAGUUUGCAAGUUCUGGCGGGGGCUACAGAACAUCUCGCUGGUAAAGAAGGGUAAUCGGAAUUUUCCUUCGGGCCCUCAAGGGAUGCCGUCUCGAGCCAACGGGGUCCACACGCCCAUCGAUGAAGAUAUUGUACCCAGCAAGUGCGGCCUCGCAUGAGAAAGAAGCCAGUAACUGCUGUUAUUUUACAGACGAUAUUCGGAAGAGCAGUGUGUCAAUGGGAGGUUCUACAUGGUAUUUUGCAAUUGGCAAUGGCGCAGCGAGAGGGGAAAGGGGUACUGAACAUGCUUGCCGCCACACGAGCAGCAAUAUUUGUUUGUAGUCACAGUUGAUUGCGAAGACCUUACGGCCGGUGCCGCCGACCCUGAAGGGGGACGUCGACGACGACGGCGGCGGUAGCGGCGGCGACGAUGACGACG